AUGGUCCAGGAGGAGGGUUUUGCAGAGGUUGUUGAGAACUCGUCUGGAGCGGAGGAGACAUCAGAUUCCUUGGAGCCUUCCAAGUUGUCCAUGCCGCAGAAGAACCUUCUCGUGGGAUUCUCAUGUCUAGCGCUGGCUACACCAGCCAUUCCAGCAUACUGCGUUGGAGAUCUGACGACGGUCUUCAUUACGUUGGGCAUGACGAUCACAUCGCUGAACGCUGAUUAUCUUUAUCUUGGUACGGUCUGGAAUGUCAUUGAUCGCUGGGCCGCUCUUGGCUAUUCGUUUUACAUGUACUGGCUGGCCUUCCCGCACUUGCCGAUCAGCUCCACCCUCAAUGCCAUCCCGCUGGUAGCUUUCUUGAGCUACUCCAGGAGCUCAGCGACGAAGGAGCAGUGGUCCUUUCGUCACUCGCUUUGGCAUUUCUUCCUGGCGGUGGACGUGCCCUUGUUCCUCGUGUUUGGAGCCUACUCAGACCGAUUCUUCAGGCAGAGCAAGGACUAG